AUGAUACAUUGUCCAUGUUCGAAAUGUGGGUUCCGCCUUCUCCAAACUAGGGAGGAUGCGUAUGAUCAUUUGAUAAUAAAACCUUUCCCCUCUACUUAUACAUUUUGGGUACAUCACGGGGAGAGACGCGUGGCAGAGAGCACUAUUGAAAAUCGAGAAGUAGAACCAGAUAGAAACCUCAAAGACCCAAUGCUUGACAUGGUUCAGGAGGCGUUCAACUUCCCUGGAUUUCAUGGCGACGAACACGAUUCAGUGAAUGAACACGCUGGAGGGGAUAGGGAGGAGUUGCCAUACUUAUCAAAUGAAAGUAGUCGCGAGGUCCGCAACUUGCAUGACUUGCUCGAAGAUGGAGCACAGGAGCUAUACCCGGGAUGUUCAAGGUUCUCCAAGCUGUCUUUCUUGGUAAGGCUAUAUCAUAUAAAAUCCCUGUGCGGAGUGAGCGACAAGGCCUUUGGAAUGAUACUGGAGUUGCUGGCGGAUGCCUUUGAGCUUGCAAAGAUUCCGAGCAAUAUUCACGAUGCCAAGAGGAUCAUAAGAAAGCUCGGUAUCGCAUACAAAAAGAUAGAUGCAUGUCCAAAUGACUGCAUGCUAUACCAGGGCAGCGACGAAGACUUGUCUAAAUGCAAGGUUGUUAAGAAGAACGGAAAACCGCAAGCGGCGAAAACUCUUCGCUACUUCCCCCUUAUUCCACGAUUGCAGCGGCUCUACAUGUCUGGUAAGACAGCCGCUGACAUGUUGUGGCAUAAGAGUGGGCAUAGCUCUGACGGUAUUUAUCGGCAUCCUCGGGAUGGCGACGCAUGGAAGGCAUUUGACAGAACUUAUUCUGACUUCUCCAGCGAUCCGCGCAGUGUUCGGCUAGCCUUGGCUAGCGAUGGCUUUAACCCUUACGGAAACAUGAGCUCGAAGUACUCAAUUUGGCCGGUGAUUCUUAUUCCGUACAAUCUGCCCCCUUGGAUUUGCAUGAAACCCUCCUCUUUUAUCCUCUCCAUGAUUAUUCCUGGGCCUAAAAUGCCUGGAAAUGAUAUAGAUGUCUACUUACAGCCCUUGAUCGAUGAGUUGAAGCUGUUGUGGGUUGGUGUUGAAACGUACGAUGCUUACACGAAAAAAACUUUUAUGAUGUAUGCUGCGUUAAUGUGGACAAUCAGUGACUUUCCUAGUUUAGGCAACUUGUCCGGGUGGAACACGUACGGUGGGAGAGCUUGCCCUGUAUGCAAUUUGGAUGCUGAGACUCACCGGCUCACACACAGUCAGAAAUGGUGUUUCAUGGGCCAUCGUCGCUUUCUGAAUCCUACCCACAGAUAUAGAAAGGACCGGGAUAGAUUUGAUGGAAAGAUAGAGGAUAGAGGUCCACCUGUCAAACUGUCUGGUGGAGACAUUGCAAGACAAAUACAGGAUGUACAUGUCCAACUUGGCAAAGUGCAAUCGGUUACUGGGAAAAGGACACGCGGACAGUAA